UUUACUCGACUGCUUGUUUUGUUGGAAGCAGCUCAACGCCGUGAUAACAGACAAAAUCCCCUUUUCUCGAGUGAUCCACUGAGGAGACCACUUGGGGACGUCUCACUGAUGAAGGCGGGGACGGGACGCGUGCAGAGUGCUGUAUAGGUGUAGCCUAACUUCAUCACUGUUAAGAGAUUGGAUUGGGUUCAGCGUUCAUCAAGGCUGCUUAAGCAUGAUGAGUGGGUUGGGUGAUGCGGAGUCCGUGAGGCCCCACUGGUUCCACAGCCAGCCUGCUGGGGACAAGGAGACCUGGCUACCCUUCAGCUACGAGGACUCACACAAGCUGGAGGAGGCACAUAGUGAGUCGGAGGAGGCGGAGGUGGUGGUUGCAGUGGAGGGCCGGCGCUACGACGUGAGCCUGAGGGAGAGGAUGCGGCGGGCCGUCUACUGGGACGAGCCCCCAUCCCACGUCCGCCGCUGCCUCUGGUUCUACAAGGGCAACAAGGAGUGCAGCUACAGCCCCUACGCCGAGGAAACCAGCCAACUACUAGAGGAGGCCUACUUGGAUUCAGUGGCUCGCAACGUCUGGAAGAAGAAGGUGGUGCUCCCUACUGGAGAGACUGUGUUCCUGCAGAGCCCCAAGGUGAUCACGCAGCUGGCUGUGGCCCCGGCCCCAGACAAGGACAAGCCCCCAGCCUCCCCCUCGGAGACCAUACAGCCCAGGACACUAGGCAGGGGUCUGGAGAACGCUCAGAUGGAUGUACCAGAGGGGGAGCCUGAGACUGUAGAUCACCUGGUGUUCAUGGUUCACGGAAUUGGACCAGCCUGUGACCUACGCCUGCGAACCUUAGUCCAGUGUGUGAAUGACUUCCGCACGGUGUCCCUGGGCCUGGUGAACUCCCACAUCAGAGAGACGGGGGCGGGGCCUCGUCGGAUUAACCGGGUGGAAUUCCUUCCUGUCUCAUGGCACGACGUGCUGCACAGCGACACCGGGGUGGACAAGGACAUUGAGAAGAUCACCCUGCCCAGCAUCAGCUUGCUGCGUAAGUUUGGGAAUGAAACCAUCCUGGACGUCUUCUUCUACAACAGCCCCAAGUACUGCCAGGUCAUCAUCGACACCGUGGCCAAUGAGAUCAACCGCAUACACAGCCUCUUCCUGCACAGGCACCCCAACUUCACUGGGGAGGUGUCCCUUGCCGGUCACAGCCUAGGUUCUCUCAUUCUGUUUGACCUGUUGACAAACCAAAAGGCAGAUACAGACACUGAGCACAUGGAGGAAGAAGAGGGGGAGAAGGAGAGCCUGGAGGAGGUGCUGAGGGAGAAGGGCCUGGAGCCCCACCUCCUCACCCUACACAGGGAACAGGUGGACGCAGAGGCACUGCUGCUAUGUUCUGAUGGGGACCUGAAGGAGUUGGGCAUUCCUCUGGGCCCGCGCCGCAAGAUUCUGGACCUUGUCAAGAGAUGGAAGCGUUCCAGAGAGGGAGGCUCCCAGGUCCAGCCACUGGUGAACGGGCACGCAGCCCAGGAGACGCAUCAACACACCAUGUUCAGCUACCAGAGCUCAUCCGUGGGAAUCGGACAGGUGUCUGUGAACUACCCGCAGCUCUCCUUCAGCCCCCAGGCCUUCUUCGCCCUGGGCUCCCCCAUCGGCAUGUUCCUGACAGUGCGCGGCCUCAAGAGGAUCCAGCCCAGCUACUGCCUGCCCACCUGCAACAGCUUCUACAACAUCUACCACCCCUAUGACCCGGUGGCCUACAGGAUCGAGCCCCUGGUGGCCCCAGAGGCGGUGGACAUGCCCCCCGUGCAGAUGCCACACUACAAGGGGAGGAAGAGGAUGCACCUCGAGCUUCGAGACGGCAUCACUCGGGUGAGCUCUGAAGUUCUGGGUUCCCUGCGUACUGUGUGGCAGGUGGUCUCCCAGGUAGCACCCAACUCAGUACUGCCCCUAGUGGGCCAAGGCAGCGAAGCAGCCAUACAGGAUGACAGUGAGUAUUAUGUUAUUGAAGCGCAGCGGAAGGACGUGGCGGUCGGAAUGCUGAACGGAGGAAGGCGAUUUGAUUACGUGCUGCAGGAGAAACCUUUUGAGGUCGUCAACCAGUAUCUCUUCGCCAUCCAGAGCCACCUGUGCUACUGGGAGUCUGAGGACACAGCUCUGCUGAUUUUGAAGGAACUCUACGCGCAGCAGAAAGUGCCCUUCCGCCCCAGUCUACUACACCAGACGUCAGCAGAGGGGGGCAUGUGACAGUGACACGCCACUCUGUUAUGUCUGGAAUGCACGUCUGGGCUGACUGGCACACGUGUAAUUAUUUAUAUUGACAUGUUUACCACGACACAACACCCCCCACAUGUUGUGCAUGGCUUCCAGGUGUCGCAUGUAUUGAUGUGGGAGAUGCAUUUGGAGUUUACAUCCUAAGUGUUGAUUUUCAGUAUUCAGUUCAGCUUCUCAGUAUUGAGUGUUUGAUUCAGUGUUUAGGGGCAUAUACUAAGAAGCAGUUUCAGGAGUAAACCUUAAAAAAGUUAAGAGGUAAAUUAUCUAAUAGAA